AUGGACGAACCGUUCGUUUUUCAGUCUCCCGCCUUUUUGCAGCAAGCGCAAGCUGCUCAGUUAAAAGAUGAAGAACUAGUGAGUUUUUUCGAUAACUCUAUCAAUAAGACUGAGAUUAAUGAUGCUGUCAUUUGAACAAACUUCUGUUUUUUUGUGAAGUUACGGUUAAAAAGUUUCGACAAACCGAACGUUAAUUCUUAAGAUUAGUUUUCACAGUUUUUAUUCUGUCAGAUCUUUUUUUUACAGGUCAGUUGGCUCGAAAAGAAGUUCGGCGACACAACUUAUUGGGAGGCAAAUUCUAAUUCUUCAAUAAUUUCCAGAGAAAUGUUGGAUGAACUGCAAAAUUGCUUCCAAGUUCGUUUAUCUUAAUUGUCCCAUCGAUUUCAAUAUUUUUUCAGCGUUUGGCCACAACUACAAAAUUGAAGAUUGUUCUAGCAGUCUUUUACAUUGCUCCUAAAAACUUGAUUGCGGUAAUUUUAAUGAAGAAAAAAUAACAAAUAAAAAACGUUCAGUGGAAAGAAACAAUCAAAAGUUUCCUUGAACUGGCUGGUCGCGACGCCGAUGAUUGGGUCGAAACCAUCUCAAAAAUUUAUCUGUAGGACCCAGUCUUCACACUAAAUUUGACGUUAUUUUCAGAAGUUUACCCUUCGUUGGUGUUCCGUUGGCUGAAGAUGAUCAGUCCGAAGAGUUUCAAAAGGCUUUGGGAGAAAUAUUAGAGAAAAGUUUAAGUUUUUCUUAUCAAUUUUCUAAUCUUUACUUCUAGUCCCACCUCAAAUCUCUGAACUUGGUUUGGAAAUUUUACCGAAAUCGUACAGAUCUACUAGCCAGAUCGUGAUUCAAGUAAGGUUUCGUUAACUUCUUUUUCUAUCACUGUUUUAAGGGAGCUUUUGGAACCCAAAGUGAGCCCGAGAAACAUUUCACGAUCAAGAAGAAGCCGAAGUCUUAUACUUUCCAAUUGGAAGUGGAGAAACGUGAGUUUCCUCCAGAUAGUUUUUCUAAAAUUUUCUUUAUAGUAGCUGAAGCUCAACAGGCUCUCAAACUCAAACACGGCGGAAAUAUUGUUUCUACCACUGUUCCUAUCAAAAUGAGGUCGACUGCGAGGAAAGCGGAUAACAACUGUUUGUGGUUUUUUCUGUUCCAAACAAAAAAGAAACUUUCAGUGCCUAUGGUUGGGAUUCCUACUCAGAACUCGUUGAAACUGAACUCAGGUUUCACUAAUGAACCCAAAAAAAGUUCCAAAGACAGCUUUCGAAAAAGAAAGGAGGAGCCAUGCUCAUUGGUAUUUCAUUUGAAACUGAAAACGAUAAAUUUGAAAUUAUUAUAGAUAUUUGUGAUCUCCCAAUGA